AUGCUCGGAGCAUCUGAGAGGAAGAGAGACAGCGGCCGCCGCGCAAUUACCAAGGAAAGUGGGGCAACUGACACACAUUAUGCUGGAUUAUUGGCGACUAACGGUGCGGCCUGUAGUGGCUGGAGCAGGAAUCUGUGGGGGAGGGGGAGGGGGCACCUGUCCAUCGCUGGCUGGAGUCUGCACACUGGAACUGAGGGUGCGGUUGCAGCAUUCCUCUACUCUCAACUGCUAGGUGUUGUAUCUAAGGGUCAGUCUAUUUUGGUGGUGUUGGAGUUGGCGUCUAAUGGGUUGGUGGGCUGCAGUUUCACUGACCAUAUGCCUGAGGACGAUUCCACCAAAAAAGUUUUGGGUUUCAACACACACCAUGUUGUACAGCUGCUAGGUGUUGUAUCUAAGGGUCAGCCUACUUUGGUGGUGAUGGAGUUGAUGGCUAAUGGGGACCUCAAGUCUUACCUGCGGUCUCACCGACCAGACGCCGUGGACGAUCCUACAAAACAACCCCCCACGCUCAGAGAAGAGCCACGCAUUCCAAAUGUGACCACUUACAGGGCACCACUACCUGACGUCAUCUGCUUUUGUUGGUGGAGGAGUACAAAAAUGCCGACAAAGAAAGGUGUGCAAGUUGUGCUACAAAAAUGUCAGAGGAAAAAGGACGUAAGAAAAAAGCUAUGGAGCUAUGGAGUGGUCUUAUGGGAAAUGGCCACACUUGCCUCACAACCAUAUCAAGGGUUGACCAAUGACCAGACACUCAAGUACGUGAUCGAGGGGCGAGUGAUGUUGCCACCAGACAACUGCCCGGAGAAUCUUUACUGGUUUGAUGAAGCGUUGCUGGCAGUAACAAGCCUUUGAUGAGGCCAAACGUUCCUUGAACUGGUGACGGAUCUGUUACCUGAAGCCAACCAGAAGUUCUCCACAGUGAGCUUUUACCACAGUGAGGAGGGCCAGGAGAUACGUGGUGGGGCUAGUGCGGGGAUGGUCGCCCCAGUACCUCCACCCACGGUGGUGGGGGAAGCGGUGGCUGAGACAACAGGAGCCGGUGGGGAGACGACACCUCUCUGCAUCACCCGAGAGAUUGAGGAUUUCUCAUUAGGAAGUGACGAUGAGGAGAACUACAAGCAGUCGUCCGGGAGCAGUAAAGUGAGCAACGGCAGCAACGACCACGCCCAAUGGGUACAUCCUGGCGCGGCCCAAUGGCAUCAAGACGACAAAAAUGCUGAGAACACGCCCGGUGUUAGUAGACAUUGGACGACCGUGCGUUGA